AUGGGAUCCUUCGGGCGUCACUAUCAGGCCGCGUGGCCCAAUCGGCUCCGGAAGAUCGUCUCGGCGAGGACUCUCGAGGACGUUCCCGAAACCACCGAGGCCAACAUGGCUAUGGACGUCUGCUCUACCCCAAGCGUAGUCGAAUUUGAUACGUACAUGGGCGAUGUCGACGACGAGUCUGAUGACGAGCCCAGUCUUGCCCCUAUCGACACCAGCUUGGAUGGCAAGGAGGAGGAAUUGAUAUUCAAACCAGAAAACGCGGGCCCUGUGCGUAACGAGGAGCGGCGCACCCAACGUGUCCGGGAUGCCGAGGAGAUUCUCAAGCUUGUUCGUGAGGGUCUCGAUAGGCUGAUUUGA